UUUUUUUUGCUGCUGCGCUCUGGGUUGGUUUCUAUUCAAAUGUGGGUCAGGGGUGAGGAAGCCUAACGUCAUAAGCUUGCAACAUGGCGUCCCGAAGGCUGUGAGAUGAGCAGGAGGAUGGUGAAGAACGCCUGAGAACGGACCUACAGAUGUAAAAAGCUUUAGGCGGUGCACGUGUUGGAAGAGAGAGAGAGAAGGAAGGAGGAAAUGGAACUGCCAAAUCAUGCCAAACAACUGCUGCUGCAACUUAACCAGCAGAGAGCCAAGGGCUUCCUGUGUGAUGUUAUCAUCGUGGUGGAGAAUGCUCUCUUUCGUGCCCACAAGAACAUCCUGGCAGCCAGCAGCAUUUACUUCAAAUCUCUGGUCCUCCACGAUAACCUUAUUAACCUCGACACAGAGAUGGUGAACCCCUCUGUGUUCAGACAAGUUCUGGACUUUAUCUAUACUGGAAAGCUCCUGUCUUCGUCAGACCAAAGCAGCGAGCAAAACUUUAGUGCCCUCUUGACCGCAGCCAGCUACCUCCAGCUACAUGACCUCGCUGCUCUGUGCAGAAAGAAGCUCAAGCGCAGUAGUGGGAAACCGCUACCAGGAAAACCCUCCACGCCAGGACCACUCAGCCGCUUACGCCUCAAUAACCAGCGUCUCUCCUCUUCUACCCCUACUGGUCCCAAUAACCACUAUCCUCCAACCCCUUCCGAGGCUGACCAACCACAGCCAGAUGAAAGCCUUCGGGACAAACUGUCAGAUGACGAAAUGUUUGUCGGGAGCUCUGGAAAAACUGGGAACGGUAGUCAUGGCAGCAGUAAUGGUAAUAUCAGCAGUGGGGCAUGUCCUGGAGAACCCGAUCUUGGGCUAGAUCUGUCCAAGAAGAGUCCUCACUCUGCCGGAACAGCCACUGAUGCCCUCAGCCCACACAGCAACCAAGAGUCCCCCCAAUCUGCCUCAGUAUCCACAACCAACAGUGCCUCUCUGGAUGACUCCUCAACCACCUUACAAGGUGUGGACACAUGUGUCUCAGAGAACAUGGAGCUAAACUCCUCCAAAACACCCGAGGACUCCCAUAACCAGUCUGAGGGCCCGCCACCCCAGAAAAAAACCCGACAUGCUGCUCGUAAGAAUGAAUGGCCCAAAAAAGAUGCAUUGGGGUUGAAGUCCGAGGAUCAUGACAGGCCUCUGGUUAACGGCGUGAUUGUAGGUCCUAAAGAUGGUCGCACCUCUGGUGCUGGUGGAGGCAGUGGUAACAGCUUUGUGUCUGAACACACUUUCCAGUGUAAAGAAGAGGAAGAAGGAGGAGAAAAUGGCCAAGAUCACAGUGAAGAAAGUGGUCAGAGUGAUGGAGAGAGCGGAGGUGGAGCUGGAGGGGGACACCACAGCGCCAACUACGUCUACCGGCAGGAAGGCUUUGAGCCAGCAUUUGGGGACAACCUCUAUGUGUGCAUUCCCUGUGGUAAGGGCUUCCCUAGCUCUGAGCAGCUCAAUGCUCAUGUGGAGACCCACACUGAAGAUGAGCUCUACAUAAAAGAAGAGGGAGGGACCUUUGUAAAAGAAGAGGAUGAAGAAGAGGCAGAGGACCUCUCCGCCCCCGUAGGUCCCUCAAACUUCGUCUCUGAAACGCGUCCAUUCAAGUGUACGGUGUGCAGCAAGAGCUACAAAGACCCCGCAACUCUGAGGCAGCAUGAAAAGAGCCAUUGGUUGACCAGGCCAUUCCCCUGCAACAUCUGUGGCAAAAUGUUUACCCAGCGGGGAACCAUGACGCGCCACAUGCGCAGCCACCUGGGCCUCAAGCCGUUUGCAUGUGAAGAGUGUGGCAUGCGCUUCACGCGGCAGUAUCGCCUAACGGAGCACAUGCGAGUCCACUCCGGCGAAAAGCCAUACGAAUGUCAGUUAUGUGGUGGGAAGUUUACCCAGCAGCGCAACCUCAUCAGUCACCUGAGAAUGCACACCUCACCCUCUUAGAAACGCAUCAAGCCAAAGAACUACAGGAAUAGAGAAAAAGGAACAAUUCUCCACCUUUUAUCCAUCUCUGAAGCAAAGAAACGCACACAUAAGACAAACACAGUUCUUGAUACUGAUUCCAGUUUAUGACGUAUUGGCUGAGUGAAUGGUGUAGCUGCUCGCAGCAGUGAUCUCUGUUGGUGACGCUGGGAUCCCAUUGAUGCAAGGAUAGCGUCAAUGGUUAAAGCGAAUAAUGUGUGCUCGCCUCUCAGGAGUUUUUAGAGGGACUAUUUACUUUUGUGUCUCUCUCCAAAGUCACAAAGCCAUGGUGAAGAGGCACAACUGGUUAAAUGUGAAUGUGGGCACCUCGUACCCCUCAGCCGCCUUCCUCUCUUCAUAGACAAACAUGAAUCUUAAGAAUUUCUUUCCCCAUUGUUCCUAAAGAAAAAAAAAAACCUUUGACCAAAAAAAAGUCGGUGCAAACAUAACUGGCAAUAAUUCAGCAAAAAGAAAAUUUUUAUCCUGACAGCUUUAUAUCCUUUAUGGUGUUGGUGAGGCUGUAUGUAUGACAGAGGGAGAAUAACUGGGUAUGGGACCAUCUCUGUGCUUACCUGAAAGCAUAGACGGAAAGAAAGAAAGAAAGAAAGAAAGAAAG